UCGCACCCGAUCCCUCAUUUCCCGGUUGCUUGCCUUCGAGCCGGCCCUGCAUACAACAGUGCCCCUCCUGUUUGGCUACAAUCUACUGCUACACCAACCGAACACCUCUUCCAGUCGCACCAGACUGUGUAGGGUAUAUCCGGUUGUUUAUACUUUCUCUUUUCCAUCAUGGAUGUUUCAUCCAACAUGGGGUGUCCCGCCCCUUUCACUUUUGGCUCCUGUGACGAUGCUCCGAAAGGCGCGUCUUCCGGGGCGCAGCCCCAGGGUCGGCCCAACGCCCGGAGGCGGCGUCAUUCCCACUUCUUGCAGAGGAGAAAGUCCAUCGUCAACCAUCUUAUGGAGGGCGAGGAAGGCCUGCUUCUCAAAUUGGAUCUUUUCUUGACCGAGCUCGAACGGCGGCUCGAGGAUUGGGAAAACUAUGCGGAACUUAGCUUGGACUCUAACAUCUCGGCCGUCUUCGAGACCCUGCAGGCUGUUCGGACACGAUGCUCGCAGGCCUCGGAGGAGGUCAUGGGUGCCGGGCGGAGGCGACUGCACGUUAUGGUGGAGACACUCGAAUCUGGCUAUCACGAGGCCUUGUCUGCGGCUGGCUCGCUGAACGAGAAGGCAAAGGUCGGCAUCGAAUUGCUCGAUGAGAUGCUGCAGGAGAUGGAGGAGCAGGCGGCGAGGUUCCGCGAGAAGGGGCUUGCGAAUGCCGCCGAGAGCCUCAUAGACGAGGCGCACCGCGUUGUCGAUGGGGGCAUCGAGAGAGCGAUCCGUGCCGCCGAGACCCUCGAGGACCAUGUUCAGCGCGCCAUCACCCGGGCCAGAGAGCACGGCUUGAUCCGGUACGAAGAUCUGCCGAUACCCUGGAGGACCAACCCGCACAUCACCAAGGGCUACCGCUUCUCCGAGACCAAACUCGCCUGCGUGAGGUCAGCCUUCACCUUCUCCAACGAGCUCGUCAAUAUCUGGUCCCAUACUAUCGGCCUCGUUCUCGUCCUCGCCAUCGCCUUCUACUUCUACCCCACGAGCACAAACUUCUCCCAGAGCUCCAAGACCGACAUCUUCAUCGCGGCAGUCUUCUUCUUUGCCGCUUGCCAGUGUUUGAUCUGCAGUGUCAUCUGGCACACGAUGAGCUCAGUCGCCGAUGUUGGCCUCAUCUCCAUGUUCGCUUGUGUGGAUUAUACCGGCAUCUCCCUGCUGAUCGCCGCCUCCAUUAUGACAACCGAGUACACCGCCUUCUACUGCGAGCCCGUGAGCCGUUGGGUCUACAUGGUUACCACCGCUCUCUUGGGCAUCGGCGGCGUUGUCCUUCCGUGGCAUCCCCGGUUCAACGGCCAGGAUAUGGCAUGGGCGAGGGUUGCCUUUUACGUCGCGCUCGCGGCGACCGGCUUCCUCCCGAUUGUCCAGCUCUCGAUCACGCGCAACCCCGAAGCGGUCUUCGAGUUUUACACUCCGAUCGGCAAAUCGCUUCUUGUCUAUUUGGUCGGCGCUCUAGUCUAUGCCAGCAAAGUCCCCGAGCGGUGGCGCCCCGGCAUGUUCGACUACGUCGGUGGCAGUCACAACCUUUGGCACAUUGCUGUGCUCGGGGGUAUUCUGUUCCAUUACACAGCUAUGCAAGAAUUAUUCGCCCACGCCUUCAAACUCGCCAAGGACGGUUGCACAGCAUACUGAGUUUCCCAUCUCCAUCUGCUUUUCGGCUCAAUCCAGGGGGGCAGGCACAGGGGCUGUUUCCUUCAGGUGGCCACAUGGCAGCACCGUCGACCGCACACCAUCCGUCUUCUCCUGUGGCGCGCUACGCUUUGCUGCUGGCUCAGAAUGCUGGCAAUGGGGGUUGUCCUCAUGCGUUAUGCCAUCACCGCCACCGCUUUCGGUGAAGCAUCACGGGUAAUCCGACUGCUCAAAUCUCAUGGGAG